AUGGGGUCCGCCAGUGGACAGGCUUGUGGCGACGCAGCCGGCGUAGCGACCGACGCCUUGGACGACGCCCCAAAUCGGCAACAGGGACAACUGCACCCAAGUUCUGCUUUCUCUGCAGCACUGAAUGCAAACGCCGGCGCUUCUGUUCCAGCUGCGGCUGUGCCAUGUCCGCCGGCUGUUCCAAAAUGGACUUCGGAUAACGACAUAUGCAUUGCAAAAGUACUGCUACAUACGUCUUCAAGUACAUUUUGCAUAAAUGAACUUUUUGAAAGCGAGAAACGGAAUCUGUCAUGGGUAUUCAGCUGCGAGACCAGAUCUGAAGACGUCAUGCCACAUUGCAAUUCAUACUUACAUCAACCGCAGGAACAAUCAGGAACUAGAAGUGCAGAUGGUGUUGAUGCUGACCCAACAUCCCCGACGUCAACCGCGGCGACUGCUGCUACUGGUGGCCCGGCUACUCUGCCGCAAGAAACGUCCCGAACAGUGGGUGCCCAAACUCCUAAACCCCCAACAACUGCUGCUCACGAUCAGAGUUCGUCCGACGUCGAUUCCGAUGACGAGCCUCCCCGACAGGCGGGUCCGGCACGGGCGAAAGCCGCUGGUGGCCCAAAGUCCCCCGCCGGUAAGGCAAAACCGACGGCAAGGGUAGCUGCGAAGCGCGGCGCGCGAGGUGCACCCGUGCGUCGGGGCGGACAAGCGGAAAACUCCAGCCCCAGCGAUGAUGACAGUGAUGCAGAAGUGGCAGGUGCUGCGGGGUCGUCAGGUACUAGUGCACAGGCUGCCGCCGCUGCAGUGGCGGAGCGCGAACGGGAGGAGAAAGCUCGUGCGGAGAAAGAGCAAAAAGCCCGCGCGGAACAAGAGGCAAGACACCGUGCGGAGCAAGAGGAAAAGGCUCGCGCGGAACAAGAGGCAAAGGACCGUGCAGCCGCGCAGGAAGCACAAGAUCGCGCGGAAAGAGAGGCCAGGAAGCAAGCGGACAGAGAGGCAAAAGAGCGCGCGGACAAAGAGCGCGCGGACCUGGAGGCCAAGGACCGCGCGGAAAACGAAGAGCGUUUGCGGGCGCAAGCAGCUGCGACACCGCAAACGGUUUUGCCGGGCGUUGAAAGUCGAGCUUCCGCUGCGGCGGCUGUGGCGGCGCCAAAACCGCCCGCUGCUCCAAAACGCUUUCCCCAUGACGACAUAUGCAUUGCAAAAGUACUAUGAUCGCCUACGUACGAAGAAGUUUCGGUUUCGCAUAAUUAAGCAGGUAAAGCUUUUUCUAUGAGACACAGUAUCUGAAUCUGUCAUGCGUAUUCAGCUGAGAGACCAUACCUGAACAUGUCAUGCCAGGAGAAUUCAACAAUUUUUCAUACUACACCUACGAAUAAAUACUUUUGCAAUGUAUACGACAGUAGUUCUUCGGACAACGACAGCGACGACGAGCCUUCGAGAACAGCUGCCCCGAAGCAAAGCGCCGGUUCUGCCAAAAGUCGAGGCAAGUCGCUUGGGAAGCCCAAAGCGAAGUCGAAAUCCAAGCCGAAGCCCAAAGCGAAGCCGGAACCCGUGAUGGUUGGUCGUAAUCAACGAAGUUCGGUAGGCGCGGCAAGAAGGACGGGAGGCGCGGCAAGCAACAAAAGUAGCGACGAUGACGACUCGAGUGAUGACAAUGGACCAUCCGCCCCGGCGCAGCAACCUGCGGGAGGUGCAGCCCCCGUUGCUGCUGGUGGUCCUGCUACUCUGCCGCAUGAAGAAUCACGAACACCUGUUUCCCAAACUCCUAAACCCCCACCUGCUGCUGCUCGUCGAGAUCACGAUGAGAGUUCGUCCGACGUCGAUUCCGAUGACGAACCUCCCCGACAGGCGGGCCCGCCGCGGGCGAAAGCCGCUGGUGGUCCGAAGUCCCCCGCCGGUAAGGCGAAACCGAAGGCAAGGGUAGUUGCGAAGCGCGGCGCGCGAGGUGCCCCCGAACAUAACAGCUCCAGCGACGAUGACAGCAGUGAUGCGGAAGUGGCAGGUGCUGCGGGGUCCUCGUCGGGUACUACUAGUGCCCUGGCUGACGCCGCUGCAGUAGCGAAGCGCGAGGAGCAGGAGAGGCAACAAGGUCGCUUGGAGCAAGAGGAGAGGGAGAAACAACUGGAAAAGGAGCGAGUCGAACGGGAGCGGCGUUUGGAGCAAGAACAAAAAGCCCGCGCGGAACAAGAGGCAAGAGACCGUGUGGAGCAGCAGGAAAAGUCUCGCGCGGAACAAGAGGCAAAGGACCGCGCAGCCGCGCAGGAAGCACAAGAUCGCGCAGAAAGAGAGGCCAGGGAACGAGCGGACAGCGAGGCAAAAGAGCGCGCGGACAAAGAACGCGCGGACCAGGAGGCCAAGGACUGCGCGGAAAACGCAGAGCGUUUGCGGGCGCAAGCAGCUGCAAUACCGCAAACGGUCUUGCCGGGCGUUGAAAGUCGAGCUUCCACUCCGGCGGCGGCAGCACCAAAACCGCCGGGUGCUCCAAAACGGUCUCCUGCCGACGACAUAUGCAUUGCAAAAGUGCGAUCACAUACGCGUUGUAGGUGUACGUACUACAGUUUUUAUAUUUUGCAUCAAAAACAAACUUUUUGAAAAAUGCGUAUUCAGUUGUUCUUGAGAGACCAGAUGUACUGAAGAUGUCAUGCCAGGUUGCAAUUCAUACGAGUAAGAAUCAACAUACUUUUGCGAUGCAUACAAGAACAGUUCCUCGGACAUCGACAGUGACGACGAGCCUUCGAGAACAGCUGCCCCGAAGCAAAGCGCCUGCUCUGCUAAAAGUCGAGGCAAGUCGCUUGGGAAGCCGAAAGCGAAGUCGAAACCCAAGCCGCGGGCCGUCGCCGGACAGCGGGGUGGCUCCGUGGGGGCUGGUCGUAUUAGUCAAGUAAGUUCGGUAGCCUUUGCAAGAAGGACGGGAGGCGCGGCAAGCAACAAAAGUAGCGACGAUGACGACUCGAGUGAUGACAAUGGACCAUCCGCCCCGGCGCAGCAACCUGCGGGAGGUGCAGCCCCCGCUGCUGCUGGUGGUCCUGCAGCGUUUUCUCCUCCGGAAAGAUCUUCAGGUGGUAGUGCAAGCAGCGUCGCACCAGCAUCGUCGGAACAGGAAGUGAGAGCUCGUGCGGAGAAACAAGAGCAGGAAGCACGGGACCGUGCGGAAAGAGAGGCCAAGGAGCAAGCGGACAAAGAGGCGAAAGAGCGCGCGGACCGGGAGGCUAAGGAACGCGCGGAAAACGAAGAGCGUUUGCGGGCGCAAGCAGGAGCUGCAAUACCGCAAACGACCUUGCCGGGCAUGGAAAGUCGAUCUUCGGCUCUAGCCGCGCCGGCGCCAAAACCGCCGGUUUCUCCAAAGCGGCCUUCCGAUGACGACAUAUGCAUCGCAAAUGUAUUCAUUGUGAUCUACGUACUUCUUCAAAAAGACAAACAGAAUCUGUCAUGCGUAUUCAGGUGAGAGACCAGAUCAUACAACCGGGAUCAUAUUUUUGCGAUGCAUACGACAGUUCCUCCGACAACGACAGUGACGACGAGCCUUCGAGAACAGCUGCCCCGAAGCAUCUCGCCGGCUCUGCCGCGAGUCGAGCCAAGUCGUUCGGGAAGUCCAAACCAAAGGCGAAAGCGGAGUCGGGGGGCGGCGGGACGAAUGGGAGGCUCUACCAUACUCGGCAAAACAGAAGGUUCUUACAGCGAAACGCAAUGCAGCAAUCUGAUGACACCACCAGCGGAUCUUCCGACGCUUGAGGCAACAAGAGAUUGACGGAAAUUCGAAAUUCCUUAACUCUAAAUCUAAAAUCACGGACACUGUGUUGUCAGGACAAUCAAAGUUAGUAAUUGGAUGACCAUCGAAAUGCCGAGCGAAGAUCAAUCAGCAUUUGUUUCCCUCCUUCCUAAGAAGUGCACAGCUUCUGUGAAAAACAACAGCGCGGAUCAACAGCAUUAUUUUGGAAGUAAUGUAUGAAUAGACUCUGAUGAUCCGAAGGCGAGGUGCCGCGGUUGAUGUGGCCAGCACAAUUAUUUCGAUUACGAUUUUAUUCCUGUUCCGCAACCUGGUAUCCUUAUGGUAUUGUACGGAAGCCAUGACUUUGUCAACCGGCCAACGAAAUCCGGGCGGCCGGACGACUAACUCGGGAUUGUAAGAGGAAGAGAUUUCUCCAUAGGCCUUUCGUCAAAAUUCCGUAACCUUAAAUGCACCUCGGAUGCCGUGUCGUCACAAUAAAAAUGAA